ACAUACAGAGAGAUGGCGCGGCACACGACCGGAGCGCAAGGACAGCUGGCUGGCGGUGGGGGGGCUUGAAUUAUUAUUAUUAUUAAGAAAAAUAACUCAUUUUUAAAAUUCCGCUCAAGAAAAACUCGGAUUUGGAAGACGAAGCAAAGGUGUAGAUUAUUUUUACAUCUGUAAGAAGUGUUUUCAGGAGAGGAGGCUGCAGCAAGAAGAGCAACAAAAGAACUUUCCUGCAUGUGAGGACUUUUGGGGCUAAACAGGUCACAUAGAUGGUUGGUCCACAGAGCUGCCCGGAACAUGAAUGCCCAGCUGUCGAUGGAAAACAUAGGCGACCUGCACGGAGUGAGCCAUGAGUCUGUGACCGGCCACGGGGAGCUGCUGAGCGGCCACAGUCCGCAUUCCCGUCCCAGCCCCCGGGGUUUGAGCCAUCGCGCGAUGGGCAUGGCGACCCUCUUGGACAGCGGAGACUAUCACCACCCGGGACACCUCCACCCGGCCAUCAGCAUGUGUGAAGCCCCCGGGAUGAGUGCGAGCAGCACUUACACCACCUUAACCCCCCUGCAGCCUUUGCCUCCUAUCUCUACGGUGUCCGACAAGUUUCCUCCCCACCAUCACCACCACCACCAUCAUCCCCACCAUCCUCAUCCGCAUCCCCACCAGAGGAUCCCCGGGAAUGUCAGCGGCAGCUUCACGUUAAUGCGGGAGGACCGCAGCCUCGCGCCCAUGAACAGCCUGUACCCCGCCUACCACCACAAGGACCCCUGCAUGGGCCAGAGUCUCUCCCCGCUGUCUGGCUCCGGUCUGGCCAGCAUCCACACCACCCAAGCCGGCCUCCCUCCCUACGCCCACCCCGGUGCCGCUAUGCCCGGUGAGAAGAUGCUCACCCCCAGCGGCUUCGAGGCACACCACCCCGCCAUGCUGAGUCGACACGCAGAGCAACACAUGAGCUCUUCGGCGGGGAUGGUGCAGCUCAACGGCCUACAUCAUCAUCCUCACGCCCAUCUCGGAGCGCAGGGCCACGGCCAGGGUCUGGGAAGCGGCCGGGAGCAGGCCUCCGCGCUCGGGCAGCAAGGAGCCAUCAACGGCGGGGCAGGAGGAGGUGCUGGUGGAGGCCAGAUGGAGGAGGUGAAUACCAAAGAGGUGGCGCAGAGGAUCACCACGGAGCUGAAGCGCUACAGCAUCCCCCAAGCCAUCUUUGCCCAGCGGGUCCUGUGCAGGUCCCAAGGGACCCUCUCCGACCUGCUGAGGAACCCCAAGCCCUGGUCCAAGCUCAAGUCUGGGAGAGAGACCUUUCGGCGGAUGUGGAAGUGGCUGCAGGAGCCUGAGUUCCAGCGCAUGAGUGCACUCAGGCUCGCAGGUGAGCGAAGCCUCGCAUGCAAGCGCAAGGAGCAGGACCACGGUCGCAGCGAGCGGGGCAACGUGACCAAGAAGCCCCGUCUGGUCUUCACAGACGUGCAGCGACGGACUCUGCACGCCAUCUUCAAGGAGAACAAGCGUCCAUCCAAAGAGCUGCAGCUGACCAUUGCGCAGCAGCUGGGCCUGGAGCUGGCCACCGUCAGCAACUUUUUCAUGAACGCGCGGCGCCGGAGCUUGGACAAGUGGGUCGACGACGGCUCCGGUCACCCCGGCGGGCCCAACGCCUGCACCAAAGCCUGAAAGACGGGAGCGCUUUGACCUUAACUCAUGGACUUGACUCGGUGGAAAAGCUUUAAAACUUUAGAGAAACUUACAAAGACCUUGAAUUUUUUUGCCCUUAAAUCUGUACUAUAUUGAUAUUUAUAGUAUCCAAAGAUGAGAAAAAAACAAACCAAAGACUUCUUGUUCGACCUGCUAUGACGUGUUUGUGUAACACACCGCAAAAAGGCUACAGUUUGCCCCCUCCUGCCCUCCCAGUCCCCUUCUCAACACUUUCACUGGUCUCUAGCUUUACAGCCCCCCGCCCAGCAUCCGUCUAUCACACCCUUAUCUUUCAUCUCACUCCCAAAAAUGGAGCUUCUCAAUCAGUUUAUCGUCUGCAACCUUGAGAAACAACCAGGAAGGUGGAGCUCUGGUGGGAUUUGGCCAAUCAACGUUCAAGAAAAUUCAAUCCCACAGGAGCGAUUGUUGCUGGAUUGUUGUUGUUCUUUUGGAUCCAUGGACUGUUCCGGGAGCCCAUCAGCGUCGCCUGCUAGCCUAAAAGCAAACAAAACUCCACACACUGGACUGUGAUGUAGUGCUUUCCUUCAGACGUGCUGAAACGUUGUUUUAAAACAGACAAACCAAAGCCAAACUCAUGCGAGCUAAAAAUAAGACAGCAGCAGUGCUUUGACCAAAGAUGAUGUUUUGUAGUUGAUAACGUAGACACCGCUGCUGUAUUGUCAAUCAUGCACACAUCACUACAUUCUCUUUAGCGCCGAUCCCAACUCAUUUAGGGGCAAAUAGCAUGAAAGUUCACGAUGUGAACAGCUACACUCCCAGUGGCUCAGCAUUUGAAAUCAUCCAUCUAUUUUCUUCACCAUUCAUCCUAGAGCUGGAGCCUAUCCCAGCUGACCUAUCGGGUGAUUGCACAAAAGUCAGCUACACUACCAACGGUUCAACAAUCUUAAUUAUUCACCCAUCUGUGCAUUUCUUUAGCAGUUAUCCUGUUCAGGGGCACAGCAUUGGCUGUAGCCUUUCCCACUUGACUUUCAUGUGAACCACUACACUGCCAAAGUGGUUUUAUUCUAUAAAUCAUCCAUUUGUCUUUAGUGUUUAGCUCGUGUUUAGCUCGUUCAUCCUACCAAAGCUGGCUUCUAGGGCAGAUAUACGCCAACUAUGUGAACCACUACACUACCAAUGGUGAACAUUGUUGUUUAUCCAACUAGCCAUGAAGUUUCCUGAGCAUUUAUCCUGUUCGGGGGGCACAACAGGAGAUGUUGCCUAUCCCAGCUCAUCUAUCUCAUUAUUGCAUGAAAGUCAGCUAUGUAAACCACUACACUAACAAUGGCUACAUAUACUUAAUCACGCAUCCACUUUAUUUAACUCUGAUCUUCUUCAGGGUCACAGCCUGUCCUAGUGGACGUAUAGCAUGAUUCUAUCAAAGUCAUCUAUGUGAACCGCUAUACUAUCAAAGGCGCUUUAUUCUACGAGCAUACUUUAUGUGUGGUGGUUAUCCUGUCCGAUCACAGCUGACCUGUAGGGUGUCACCAAAGUCAACUAUGUUAACCACUACACUGCCUCAACCUACUAAAUCAUUCAUCUGUUUUUGUCAGAAUGUAUCUUGUAUCUUCAGGGUCCUAUCCCGGUUGGCUUUUAGGGUGAUUGCACAAAAGUCUACUAUGUGAACCACUACGCACAUUCUCAAUCAUCCAUGAAUCCAUGAUUGUUAGCAUCCAUCCUGUUUGGUGUCACUGCUUAUCCCUGCUAACUUGGACAAUUGCAACAAAGUCAGCAAUCUGCUAAACCACUACACUGCUCAAAGUGUUUUGCCUUACGGAUGCCUUGUGGAAUGGCUUGUAUCUCCCCAGUGAGUGGUGUGAAUGUUGUUGGGGCUCACAGCGGAGGCCAAUCAAAACACAUGGUGUGUGUCGCCACUGUGAGCCAGCGACGCCGUUUGCGUUUAUUUAUUUUGUCUCAUCAAACAUGCCAAGCAGAGAGGAUCCAUAGCAGUGAUCCAUUCCCCUCCCCCACUAAUCCAAAGCCUGGAAAGCUAUGCAUUUCAGCACAAGGAGGAAAGCACUACACAGGGAAGCGUAGCAGGUUUGAUAAAUUAGCCGGGCCCCCUUGUCAUCCUCCUCCUCGCCCUCCUCUUCCUCAAGGCCACGGUUAGCAGCUCUACAUUCAUCAGAAGAAGCACCCAAAGAAAAAAAAAAAAACGCUUCUUCGGCCACCGAAUCCGACCACAACAACAAAUGUGUCACUUGCUGAUGUUUUCUAGUGUGAAACCAAAGAUGCUACCUCACUCAAGUUCCAUACGUGAUUUCUAUCACUUUGAUGAUACCAAAGAUAACCAAAGAUGUUUUUCUUCUUGUUUGUUUAUGUCACUGCACGGCCUCUGUGAGUGGAGUUCAGAAACAACGCUGUGUGUCCCCAUUUUCACCCCCAAUGCACCCCUGCUCUCGCUUCAGCUUAAUCGAUAGUCACGCUGAUGUAGCUCUCAUAAAUGCAGAUGAUGAUGAUGAUGAUGAUGAUGAUGCAGCCAUGGAUACACACAUGCAGGGGCUGAUGGGGUAGCCCGCAGGGGGGUUUGUCUCCAAAUUUGGACCACUUUGAUGGCACAAAAAAUGCAAAACUCGACGGACAAAACAGUAUAGAUGGCUUCAAAAGUGGUUCUUUACUCAUAAUUUCUGUGUAUAAGGAGUCAUGGAAAGAGAAAUAAUCCGUUCCAGGGUACUUGCUUAGCUGUCAAACAAGUAUUGACAUCAUGCAUCGCACUUUUGAACAUUCUCAACAUGGCAUGCAAGUGUAAAAGGAAGCUAACCACUGUUAAAUGGCAAAGGCGGGUUCUGUGAUGGAUGCCCCUUGCACAGUUCAUUUUUGUAUGUGCUCAUUUUAUUUCAUAUUUUUUUAGGGUUGUCAAAUGCUUAGAAAUUGGAAUCAAACCAAUCAACUGUGUGGGAAAUAUGCCCAUUUUUUCUGUACUUUAUGAACAAAAAGAUAAAUAAUCAAAACAAUGAAUGACAGGACACAUUUGCAUGUACACAUUUGUAAAUAUUAACAGCUCCUAAUGAACUGGAAAUUGAAAUCAAAGCUGGAUUUGUUGGUUACAUGUAAAGCCCUCCUCGUUGUCUGCAGCCACAGCCAAAGACAAAGCAAAACGCACAUCCGGAGUUGAUGCUUUUGAUGCCUGUUGAACUGAGAUCUUGCAAGAGAUGACAUUUUUGUCUCUUUCGAGGCAUAUUUUUACAGAAAUUGUGACUUAACUGUCAAUCCUGGCUGACCCCUGCCUCCCGCCCCCCCCGCCUUGUGUGUGCUCUAAUGGUUUGCGCCAUCAUCACGUUUUACUUCCCAGGCAGCCACGUUCCUCGCAGUAGACCGUAGUUGCAAUCUCCUCCUCCUGUCCAGUCAACUCCCCAGGACGAGUGCCUUGCUUGAACCAAAGUGUUGAACCGCUCUUGACCUCUGACCUUUUUGACUCUUGUGAAUACCUCAAGGCUGUAGAAAGGCCGCAACUGAAGAAAAUGCUUUUCGUUGAAAUCACACUGUGGUGCUUUCGCCGGCUCAAACCAUGCAAUGACAAACAUACCAAAGCGACUUGUCUUGAUGAAACCAAAGGUCUUUUCCAACUCACUCACACCCACCUCACCCCACCCCACCCCACAAGAUCCUUCUGACCCGCUCCCCUCUUCCCUCACCGUGGCCGUGCGUGACUUUUCCAGUUGUCUCUGAAUACCUCAUAGUAACUUUGAGUUCUGCAUCUUCGUGCGACUUAAGCAGAACUCCACUCUUGCGUGUGCUAAUUGUUGAAUAUAUGAUCUCUUUUUUUUUGGUAGGGGGGCAAAGACGUGCUCUGUUUCAGGGUUGAUGUAUAUCAGAAGGAGGGAGAAGCAUAUUUUAUAAUGAUGCUAGAUUGCUUUUUACAGGGUAAAACCAACUGCUGUGAUAUUGUGUUCACACCUCCCCCCCAUUUUUUCUUUAUUUCUGUGUCGUGUUUUAAUUUAAAUUCUUUUUUUUUUAUUUGUUAUAUAGUUUAACCACUAUUUUAAUUUAAUUUAUGCAUUUGUAGAAUCUAUAGAUUUGUACAUAGUAGGAUUUUUUGGAGGGGGAAAAAAACCAAAAGAAAAAAAAGACAGUUUUACGUUCAAGCCGUGUAGUUUGUUAUUCUUCAGCUGUGUGUUUUAAACACUGCCAGAAACCUCUCCCCCCUCCCAAAAACAGGCGCUACUUUGUUGAAAUGUUUGUAUGUGUGUAUGUGUUUUUCUAUUGUUUCUGACUUUCUAAAAAAAAAAAAAAAAAAAAAAAGGGUAACAUUAAUGCACAUCCAAAGAUUUUUAAAACAAACCAAAAAAAAUUGGGGGGCAAAUAUGUAUAUUGUUGAAAAGCACUGGCAUUUGUGAAGUAGAUUUUUUUUUUUAUUUUCUAUUCGCCAUUGGCACAGGUAUAGAAUGUAGAAGGCGUAGUAGGACUUUCAAGCUCCUGGGGAACCUCCUGUCCACUGUACAAUCUGCUGAAGCGAGGGCUACAAGCCCCCGCUCACUUUGCUGCCUUCAUGUACACACAGUGGGAGCGACAUGGAGUGGAGACCGGGCAGCCGGUCUGCCAGGGGGCGCUGUGCCGCGGAGCGAGCGCUUGUUUUUAUUUGACAUUUUGCUUUGUUUUCUGUUUUAAAAAGCCGUGGGACUGUCGCCUCACUCCAUCUAGUAUCUGUUCUUUAGGUACGUACUUGUGUCAUGACGACCAGCAAAGUCUAAUAAAACCGCUAAAAGAAGCUUAUCCAGCAAAUCAAUGUGCAACUUUUACAUUCUAAUGGAACUCAAAAUGAAAAUUUACCUUGAAAUCGGUGCUGAUGUCGUACUAUUGGUGCCACAUCAUCUUUUUUCAUGCCAAAGACGCAAAGGUCAUGGCUGAGGUUGCAAAAUGCGGUGACUUCAAAGCUGGAAGCCUUCCAUGGGACGUAACCUAAGUGUAUGUCGCCAUAAUACUCACAAUGACUCACUUUUUAGUAUUCCCUAUUUGAACUCCAGGACAUGGAUUCUCAAACUGAGGUAUCAGCACCGCUGAUGGUACGCAGGCUCCAUCUCAUGGUACGCAGGGACACCAGAUUUUUUUGAAGACUUUAUGGAAUAAUUGUACAAAUAAUAUUUAUCAACCAAAGAUUUGCCACGAUUGAAUUCAAAUCUUCCUGCUUGCUUAACUCACCUGCCGUAAGCCAAUUACUCGUGAGUACAAGCCGUGUAUUCAAAGCUUAUCAGUGAUGUAGCAAAAACUCUGGUACAAUAAUAAUAAUGGAUUCCGUAUGAUAUCGCUUUUCAAGGCACCCAAAGCGCUUCACAAUAAAGUGAACCCAUUAUUCAUUCACUCUUCAGUCACACAGGUGGUGGUAAUCUAUAUCUGUAUCCACAGCUGCCCUGGUGUAGUCUGACGAAAAUGUGGCUUCCAGUUGGCGCCUACAGGCUCUCCGACCGCCACCAAACAUUCAUACACCAGUGUGGGCAGAACCGGUGCAGUACUUGCAAAGCAAAGUAUUUAGGAACAUCAAAAAAGUUCUUACAAUUUUUUUAUGUGAGUGAAUUUUUUUUUUCAACUCUAACCCUACCAAAAGUAGGAAAACCAGUGGUACUACAGCCAAAUAUUUUGGGUUUUUUUUUUUCAUUUUUUAAACAUUUUCUUUAUGUUUUUCAGUCCUACCAAAAGCAGCAAAAAUGUGGUACUUGCAACGAAAAAUAUUUUGGAGGUUGUUUUAGUGUAAAAAGUCUGAAAACAAAUGUCCUGGGAAACUAACUUUUUUACUUCAGUGAAUUUUUUUUUCAAAUUCAAUUGAGUGUUUUUAUUUUUUUGAUGAUUUUUUUAAAAGUUUCAUUAUAUUUCUAAUAAUGAUCUGCUGUAAGUAUAAUAUACUGUACUUCCCUUUCAUGCAAUUGUAACAUUUUCAUUAUGAUCAUCACUUAUGUUUUCUUCUGCUUUAUGGCUUUAAGCGUCUGUUUCAAUUUGAAUUCAAGUUACCAAAAAUUGUUCCUGGCCAUAAAAUGAGCUGCGGUACAAUUCGCAAAAAAUAAAGCAGUAAAAUUACAUUUUUAAAUGAAUUAAUUGAUAGUGAAUCAAAAAUAUUCAAUGAAUUAUAUUUUAAAAUCAUAAUGGUGAAUAGAAUCAGAUACAUUCCAAAAACAUAUGUACAAAGCAUCCAGUAACAGUUUAACAAUUUCCCAAUUAAACUUCCCAUGGAAAGUUUCCUGAAUUUACAACUUUCGUCAUCACCAAAUGGCCAACGCGUAAAAAAAAAUUUAAAAAGUAAAAAAUAAACAUCCAGUUUGCUUCAUAUUUUAAUGUCAACCAGUUUCAUGCAAUUAUAUUUUUGUACACUCCCAAACUACUUGAAUUAUUCAUUUCUUGUCACACCACUGUAUUAUAGUAGUUCAACCAUAUUGUGUUGUGUGUUUGACUAAAAUAAUACAAUUCUGUAACAUGGAAGUAAUAAUUACUUUAUAGAAAUAUUUUUGAAUGAUAUUUGGAUCAACUUCAUAUUGUUUAUUAAUUGCAAGGAGCAGGUUGACAUAUGCUUUUUCAUUGUUUUGGUUAUGCAGGGAAAAUGUCACAAAGUAAUGUUUUUUUAAGUGCAGGUUGCAUUUUUAUUAUGUAAAAGAAUUUGUGAAGGAAUGACUGAUGCAAGUGCACCUAUUUAUCCCCCCCGCCAUGAUCCCAUGUUGCCCAUAUAAGGAGUUCCCAUGUACAGGAUGUGCUGGGUAUAGCUUGGUUCCAAGUGUCACAACAAAUACUACGGCGCCUAAGACAAUCAUCCGGCUCUCUAAACGCUGGGGAACGUAGUUUCUCACUCACAGAGGAGUGUCCUCCGGCAAUUCACACGCAACGAUGCUUGAAGGGUUUUGUAAUAAACGAGCAUCAUUGUUUUCAUCCACAUUGAGUGAGGAUUUAGGAUUGCACUUGCUGAAUGAAAUCUCAUUAUUUUAUAUGCUUUUGCUUUGUUUUGACUCACAAUGCUUCUUCAGUUUCCAGUGUGCGAGCGUGCGAGUGUGUGUGUGCGCGAGUGUGUGUGUGUGUGUGUCAGAGGUCAUGCUGUUGUGUUACCCUCCCAUAUAUAACUCCAUGUUUCAUGCCCUGAUUUUUUUUUGUUUCGUUUUCCCGAGGUUUUGCUAUACUGCUUUCUCAGUGCCGUGCAAUAUCAUCUGUUGUGAUUGCUAAGCAAGAAAAAAAAAAGACAUUUGAGAGGCAAGUGAUGAUGUCAUCCAGCUUUUUUCAGUGUUCAAAUGUUUUUUCUGUAGUCACAAAAAGUA